UAUUACCGUGGGACACAUGGUGUUAUUGUAGUAUAUGAUGUGACGAGUGCGGACACAUUUGUGAACGUGAAAAGAUGGUUACAUGAAAUUGAUCAAAAUUGUGAUGAGGUAGUAAGAAUUUUGGGUAAGUAGAUGUUUGGGGCAACGAUAUUGUUUAACUAACAACCUACAUUUACUGUUUCACAAGUUAAAGGCCUUCAAUCAAUCAAUCAAUUUUAUUUAAUCACGUAACACCUAGGAGCUCACAUGUUCUUGUUGUACGUGUAUAGUAAAGUAAAUGUAACAGAAUAAAAGCUUUCAUAACAAUUUCCAUAAACAGUAUUCGUCAUACGAAGAUGGAAAGUGUGUGUGUAAUCAAAUGGUAAUGGGCACUUAAUGACUGAAUCUUUCCAAACAAGUCAUGAAUGUCUAAAAUGGAUUUCUCUAUGCUUUAGUAGUCUGUUUCAUUAAUUUGGAACUGCCAAAAAUUUUAUUAUGUGUUUGGAUGUUUUAGGGGAACUUUGGCCAUCUUGAAAGUUUUAGCUAUCCCCGUGGUUCUUGUCGAAACUGCAAGGACACGGAGUCGCCAUAUUUCCAUUAGAAAAUAUUAGAAGACAAUUUUCCUUUAUAUCAAAAUUUUUAGUUGACCUUUUUGUACCAAUAAUUGCCAGUUCUUGGGUAUAAAAUGUGAAAAAUCCAACUCCGAAAAUCGUAGGGAAGCUAAUUGAAAAAAUUCCAAAUAUCUUAGAUGAAUAGAAAUGUUAUCCAGAAAUGCUUAGCUUUACUUUUAGUAUAGAAAUUUCUAGGCUAUAUUUGCUCCUUCAAACAGAUAUUUUGCAGAAAACUGUCGUUGGGCACCCCUGGAAUAAUUUCACGCGCAUUUUGUCCAAAUUCUAAUAAUUUCCAGAGUCUUUAGGCUUGAGCUUGUCCAGUUAUUUGUUAGUCAUUUUCUGUCACUCACCACCCAUUACCAUAUCAUUUAGAGCACCAUGGCAUCCAUCUCAGAAAGAGGUGAUUGUAUAAAAUUGACACUCGCAUGCCACAGUCAAUUGUACAUUGACUGUAUAUGAAGGUGAUUGUCCGUAACCUUAAAGAAACCUUUAAAUUGUACAUUUUUAGGUUUUGUAAAGGCAGAGCUGUUUACCUAUAUGUAGAGAUCAGAGCUCUGCCAAUGAUGAUGAUAAUGGUAUUACUUUUAGUUACCAUUAGGGAAUGUUGCCUAUUGAAAAAGUGUUGGCCAUAAAAUUGUGGGUCCCAUGAAUAUUUAUGCGCACACGAAAUGAUGCGGACCCAUGUUGUGUCCUUUGACUCUCUGAGUGAAGUGUUAGCUUAUUGUUUCCAUGAUAGAGACUGAUUCUUUGAAAUAAUUUUGCAUACUGACAAAAACAUUAUUGUUUUUGUCAGUAUACAAAAUAAUUAUCUAUCCUUUCCAUCACACUGAAAUAUCCUUACUUUUGUCCAAUAUGCUUUGUUUCAUUUUGUCCAAUUUUUAUGAAAGCAUAAUUCUUUCAUGUGAAUUUUCGCUUUCAGAAGGAAAAAACUUGAAAGAAACUUUGCGUUUUCAACCACAGCGAUAUGUGUCUAUUUCGCUUCACUUACUUAUAUGCAAAUUACCCUUCAUUGGUGAAUUUUGCUGGAGACAAAAACGUCGCCUUUGAUUUCUCACAUGCUCGCCUUUUUGGGCACCCUGUUUAUUUCGAAAUAUUUUGAGCUUCACUUCAGACUUUUUAUUCCAACUUUUUAAUGCAGGAAAGAUAUGAGAAAUGCUGCAACUGAAUAAAGUCACGCAUCAUGCUUUAAGACAGCGUAACUUGAUCUUUCUGGUAUCUUUUGUUCUUCUGUUGUCUCCAAAACAAUCAAAAUGUCUCACUAGUUUCCACCUACAAUUAAUAGGAGGCAUUUGAUUGACACAAAAUUUGCGUUUAACAUUGACAAGUUUCAAUAAGCGCAGUUCUGUAAUGCAUUGAUGAUAAUAUUACAGUCAAACCAGGAAAACUGUGAACACCAGAAUUAUUUGGAAUGUUAUUGUGUUGCAAGAAAAAAGCCAAUCAGGCAUGAGAAAACUGAACCACGAGCAAGAACAUCAAUUAGUUUGUGGUUUUGUGGCUAGUUCGCAUGUCCUGAUCUUUGCUGUGAUUGGUGCUAACACAAUAAACAUUCCUGAGAUAUUUCAAGUGUUCAUGCUUUUCCUGGACACACUGUAAUGAUGUUAAUAAUAAAUGAUUAAGUAUAAGACAUUAUUAUACGGUUAACUUUAUGACAAUACCUGUGACUGACAUUUUCUGAUUGAAUUUUGUAUGUCAUAUACAGUUGGUAACAAAGAUGAUGAUCCAGACAGAAAAGUUGUUGAAAGAGAGGAUGCAAUGAAGUUUGCAGAACAAAUGGGAAUUCAGGUGUUUGAAACAAGUGCAAAAGACAAUAAAAAUGUGGAAGAGGUAUGUACUUGAAAGAGCUGGAAAUCAUUGAUGUGGAAUAGCUUGAGAACAUACCUUCCAGAGUUAUUUAUUUAUUAUUUUGAUGUUUAUUUGGUGAUAGAUCAUUUUUGAAUCUGUGAAUAGAUCUUAGAGGUCAAAAUUAAAUUCAGGUUAGAAUUUUUAAACCAAGGUUGAUUCUCAAUUUCCUUUGCCUUGGCUUGGAUACAAAGGAAAUUGAGAAAAAACCUAGGUUAAAAAAUUUUAACCUGAAUUGGGAAAAGAAGUUGUGACGGCACAAGAACUAAAUUAUUGUGAAAUUAUGGGAUAAGUUGACACAUCCAGAAAGAACAAGAUGAAAAAUGUCCACUUACUAAAAGGCAGCCUGUUAUUGCAAAUUGGUAGAGAGAUGUAAACAAGGACUGUUAUGUGCUGAUGACUCCAUAUAAAUCCAGAAUGGCAGUUACAAUGUGCUUUCUACUUUUCACUUGAAUUUAUUGCAAAAAAUUUUAAUUUGUAAAAUGUGAAUCAGAACUUUGUAAAAGAAGAGCAUUAUUGAAAACUUUGGUCUUCUUGUUUUGCAGGUAUUCAAUGCAAUAACACACAUGGUUCUUAAGCAAAAGAAAGACAAACUAGCAAAAGCAAAUGAACAGUCUGGAGUUAUAAAGGUUAAAAAGGACAAACAAAAAAGAAGAGGAAAAUUCUGUUGAUAUUAUAAAUAAGCAAGAUUUUAGAAACUUUAUCAAUCAGGCAGUCCAGUGAUAAGAUUAUGGAUGCUUACUAACCACUCAGGUAAAAUAAUGAAUUAUGAGACCUGUAAAUUUAUUAUUGUUCAUUAUGUGGUCAACAGAAUCGAAGUCCCAUGUUAUUUUGUAUUUCAUCAUGUACAUGUACAAACAUCAUCUCUUUGGGUUUAAUUAUUUGUAGUUAGAAUCCUUAGGAGAAUAGACCUAUUAAAGUGAUUUCAGCAGAAAAUUGCAAUUAAAUCUUGAGCAGAAAAUCAGUUUCAACACCUUGAAGAGCUGCCAUGGAAAUGUCUUUAAAAUUCGUUCACAGAUUAUUCAGCUCGUUAUCUAAAAAUACUUUGUGAGAUUUGAGAACAAUAGGAAGUCUUUAAGUCUCUGGUAUUGAUUUUCUGCCAAGCAUAGUUAAUUUUUCUGCUGAUGUCACUACUCAAGAAGGUCUUCUGUGUUAGUGAUCACCAUUUGCAUAGCCUGUGUCACAUACUUAAGUAAACUUCUGGUUAAGUUUGUCUGCGAAACAGGGUCGAAAUUGCUGUUCUGCCGGGCCCCCACCUGUGUACGAGGAUUUUAGUACUCACCAUAAUAAGCCUGUUUAAAAAGCCAUAAUUUGUAAAUUUGCCAGUCAGGUGAAGGGAAAUUUGAAGUGUAUUUCCAGCAAUUUGUUGAGUUCAUCGAGGGCCAAAAACAAGGACAUCAGCACUGCUUUGCAGACAUUGCUAACUGGGGUAAGGUUAUGUCUGUGACACAGGCUACAUUUGCACAGAAUGGGAUGAAGGAACAAGGAGGUGAUUCGUUGAGGGAAAUAAAGUAUGGCACCCAAAAAGUCUGAAUGUUAUUAUGUACCAAAGAGACAGUAUGCUACAAGUACACACUGUAGGACACUUUGUAAUCUUAGACAGCAUGAUAUGGUAUUUUUACAGUCACCUCUUCCUUAUAGGACAGAUGCCUACCUAAAACAGACACUAAGAGCUGGUUCCUUCUAUUCUUGAGUUAUUAACUUUGAAUUUCUUCAAAGCAAACUUCUGUAUGAGACAGAGAACAGCCACCUCUCUCUUUAAUAUAAGACAGACAGCUCUUUAAAACAGACACCUAGAGUUGGUUCCUGCCAUUCUUCAGUCAUUUUCUUUGACUCUCUAUAAGGUGGAUAUCUCCCUAAAACGGGCACCUGUAGUUGGUACCUUCCUUUCUUAAGUCAUUUCCUUUGACUCUGUUUAAGAUGGACACCUACCGAAGAGUGGACACCCAGAGUUGGUCCCUUCUGUUCUUCCAUCAUUUUCUUUGACUCUCUAUAAGACAAACACGUCCCUAUAUGGACACCUAGAGUUGGUAUCUGCUGUUCUUCCGUAAUUUUCUUUGACUCUCUAAGAGACAGACACCAUUCUAAAACAGACACCUAGAGUUGGUGGCUGCUGUUCUUUAGUCAUUUUCUUUGACUCUCUAUAAUACAGGCACCUCCUUAAAAUAGACACCUUGGGUUGGUCCCUGCUGUCCGUCAAUCAUUACCUUUGACUUUCUACAAGGCACACACUUGUAUAAGACGGAAAUUAAGUGGUGGUCUUAAUGAUAUCCUUCUUCGAGAGGAUAGACUGUAUUGUAAUGCUAGUUUCCCUGUUAUCAUACUCAUGAAAGAAACUACUAUUAUUAAAUUUUCUUUCUCCACUGUUUGAUUUAAAUUUUAUUCUCUGGUCAAUGUGCCAAGUUCACAGAAUAUAAUGAUUCGUUACAUUUUUCCUAAAGAUGCCUGUUCUGUUCUGCAUCAUGCUGCAAGCAGAGGCUCUUUGGUCUUCCUUAGUACAUUGGGAAGAUGCUCAUGAAGUAUUUCUCCCAUUAGGGAGCUUGAGCAAUGACAGCGAUGGUGGGAAAAAUAUCUCUUGA